ACGCGGGGCAGCUUCUUGGUUGGUGUGACCCAACCGUCGGUCUAGGGAGGAGAGGGUCGACAUUGUGAGGUUUUGCCUUCAAGAUGGCAAGCAAAGCGGAGAAGAAGCGAAAAGUGGGUGGCCGGGGAGGCCCCCGGGCAGGCCGACCUGGCCGACCUCCUCAGUCCACUGUGGCCCCAGGAGUUGAGAAGGAGACUUCUCAGCUGCCUAUCAUUCCGGAGCCAGAGUACGAGCCCAUGAAGGAGGAGUCUGAGCAAGAUCUGGAGGAACCUGAAGAACCUAAAGAACCGGACCUUUCGACGGACGUGAAGCCCAUCUUCCUCUCACGAGCUAUGUUGACUGGACUGGCAGAUUCGACAUGGACGGCGGAGCAUGAUGCGGUUCUGGAACACUUUGCCCAGGAUCCCUCGGUGCCUGUCCUCACCAUCUUUGUUGACCCUGUCUUUGGGUUGAAGCUGGAGCUGGGUAUGCCUGUGCAGACCCAGAAUCAGAUUGUGUACUUCAUUCGACAAGCACCAGUUCCCAUCACCCCAGAGAACUUUGAGGAAACCGUGCAGUAUGGGACAGUGCGGGGUGCCUACAUCCCAGCGUUGCUACGGCUGCUCAGCGGUGUCUACGUCCCUCAGAUUUUUAUGAAUAAGUCUUGGCCUGAGAGCAUCCGAAAUCAUUUUGUUUCACACCUUCAUAGGUUUUUGGCCUCUCUGACAGACACUCGGUACAAACUGGAGGGUCACACGGUCCUGUACAUCCCUGCAGAGGCCAUAACGAUGGACCCCGCGGUGGUGAUAAAGGACAAAGAGCUGGUACAGCGGCUGGAGACCUCCAUGAUCCACUGGACGCGGCAGAUCAAGGAAGUGCUGAGUGCUCAGGAGUCUGUGGAUACAGGAGAAAACUUAGGUCCUUUGGAAGAGAUCGAGUUCUGGAACAACCGCUGCAUGGACCUGUCCGGCAUCAGCAAGCAGCUGGUGAAGCAGGGCGUGAAACACAUCGAGUCCAUCCUGCUCCUUGCCAAGUCGUCCUACCUAGCGCCCUUCAGGAAACUGGCCCAGCAGAUCCAGGAUGGCUCUCGGCAAGCUCAGUCCAACCUGACUUUCUUGUCAAUUCUGAGGGAACCCUACCAGGAGCUGGCCUUCAUGAAACCUAAGGACAUCUCCGACAAACUCCCUAAGCUGAUCAGCCUCAUCCGAAUCAUCUGGGUCAACUCUCCCCACUACAACACUCGGGAAAGGUUGACUGGCCUGUUCCGGAAGAUGAGCAACGAGAUUAUCCGUCUAUGCUGUCACUCCGUCUCUUUGGACCGAAUCUUUGAGGGCUAUGUCUCUUCCAGCAAGGAAGACCUGCAAGGCUGCAUUUCCUGUUGCCACGCCUGGAAAGAGCACUACCUGCGCGCCGUACAGAUGCAUACCCAGUUCUCCAACCGGGGCUGGGUUCUAGACCAGACGAGCAUAUUUGCUCAAGUAGACGCCUUUGUGCAGCGCUGCAAAGAUCUUAUUGAGGUAUGCGACUGCCAGUACCACUUUGCCCGUUGGUUAGACGGCACACAGGGUCCCCUUCCAUGCUUCUUCGGUGCCCAGGGGCCACAGAUCACACGGAACUUGCUAGAAAUUGAGGACAUCUUUCAUAAAAAUCUGCAAACGCUGCGAGCUGUGCGUGGGGGCAUCCUAGAUGUUAAGAACACCUCUUGGCACGAGGACUACAAUAAAUUCCGUGCUGGUAUCAAAGACCUGGAGGUGAUGACCCAGAAUCUGAUCACAUCAGCCUUUGAGUUGGUCCGGGAUGUGGAGCACGGAGUGCUGCUCUUGGACACUUUCCACAGGCUGGCCAAUCGGGAGGCCAUCAUGCGAACCUAUGAGAAGAAGGCUGUUGACCUCUACAUGCUGUUCAAUAGCGAGUUAGCCCUGGUGAACCGGGAGUUGAACAAGAAGUGGCCAUACCUGGAGCCGUACAUGGCUCAGUAUUCCGGACAGGCCCACUGGGUGCGGAUCCUCCGGCGUCGCAUCGACAGAGUCAUGAACUGCCUCUCUGGAGCUCACUUCCUGCCCCACAUUGGGACUGGAGAGGAGACUGUACACACCUAUCAGCAGAUGGUUCAAGCCAUUGAUGAAUUGGUUCGAAAAACCUUCCAAGAGUGGACAGCAACGCUGGACAAGGACUGCAUCCGACGGCUGGACAUGCCACUAUUACGAAUUAGCCAGGAGAAGGCAGGCAUGCUGGAUGUCAACUUUGACAAGACGCUCCUGAUCCUCUUUGUGGAGAUUGACUACUGGGAGCGGCUGCUGUUCGAGACACCCCACUACGUGAUGAACGUGGCUGAUCGCGCUGAGGACCUGCGCAUUCUCCGGGAGAACCUGCUCCUUGUUGCUCGAGACUACAACAGGAUCAUUGCCAUGCUGUCCCCAGAUGAGCAGGCCCUGUUCAAAGAGCGCAUCCGAUUCCUGGAUAAGAAGAUCCACCCAGGACUGAAGAAGCUGAACUGGGCCCUAAAGGGGGCCAGUGCCUUCUUCAUCACCGAGUGUCGCAUACAUGCCAGCAAGGUGCAGAUGAUUGUGAACGACUUCAAGGCCUCCACCCUGACCAUCGGCUGGAAGGCCCAGGAGAUGUCGGAACUGCUGCUGGUGCACAUCACCGGCAAGCAGGUGUACAGAGACCUGGAGUUUGAGGAGGCCCAGAGAGAGCACCGGAUGGCUGUACAACAGAAGUUGGUGAACCUGCAUCAGGAUGUGAUCAACAUCCUGACCAACUCCUUCGAAGUAUUCAAGAACGAUGGCCCCGAGAUUCAGCAGCAGUGGUUGCUCUACACCAUACGGCUGGAUCACAUGAUGGAGGACGCCCUGCGUCUGAACGUGAAGUGGUCACUGCUGGAACUCUCCAAGGCCAUCAACGGGGACGGGAAGACCUCUCCAAACCCACUCUUCAGGGUCCUUGUCAUUUUACAGAGCGAUGUGCAGGGUGGUGGGGCACAGGUGGAAUUCUCCCCAACACUGCAGACUCUGGCGAGUGUGGUCAAUGACAUAGGCAGUCACCUCUUCUCUACCAUCUCUGUGUUCCGUCACCUCCCCGAUAUCCUCACCAAACGCAAGAUGACUCGAGAACCUAUUCAUGUGGUCGUGGAGCGAGACGAGGACAUCAGGAAGAUCCAGGCCCAGAUCAGCAGUGGGAUGACGAACAACGCAAGUCUGCUGCAGAAUUACCUCAAGACCUGGGACAUGUAUCGGGAGAUCUGGGAGAUCAACAAGGACUCCUUCAUCCGAAGAUACCAGCGCCUCAACCCCCCUGUCUCCUCUUUCGAUGCUGACAUUGCCCGCUACACGGAGGUGGCAAACAACGUGCAGAAGGAGGAGACAGUCCUCAACAUUCAGUUUGUGAUGCUGGACUGCUCGCACCUCAAGUUCUCACUGGUGCAGCACUGCAAUGAGUGGCAGAAUAAGUUCACAACCCUGCUCAAAGAGAUGGCUGCCGGGCGCCUCAUGGACCUGCACACCUACCUCAAAGACAAUGCUGAAAAAAUCAGCCGCCCUCCCCAGACGCUGGAGGAGCUAGGGGUCAGUUUGCAGCUCAUGGACACCCUGCAGCAUGACUUACCCAACCUGGAAACUCAGAUCCCCCCCAUUCACGAGCAGUUUACCAUUUUGGAAAAAUACGAGGUGCCGGUUCCUGACACGGUCCUGGAGAUGCUUGAGAGUCUCAAUGGGGAGUGGCUCACCUUCCAACAAAUACUGCUGGACAGUGAGCAGAUGCUGAAGAAACACAAGGAGAAGUUCAAGACAGGCCUCAUCCAUGCUGCUGAUGACUUCAAGAAGAAGGCCCACAACCUUCUAGAAGACUUCGAGCUCAAAGGGCCUUUUACCAGCAACGUGGGCCACACGGCUGCGCUGGAUCAGAUCGCGCAGGUGCGCGCCAUGCUGAUGGCCAUGCGGGAAGAGGAGAGCAACCUCCGCUCCAACCUGGGCAUCUUCAAGAUUGAGCAGCCGAUCUCCAAGGACCUCCAGAACCUGGAGAAGGAGCUUGAUGCCCUCCAGCAAGUGUGGGAGAUCACUCGGGACUGGGAAGAGAGCUGGAACCAGUGGAAGACGGGUUGCUUCCUGACCCUGCAGACGGAAGCCAUGGAGUCCAUGGCCCACGGGCUGUUUCGCCGCCUCACGAGACUAGCCAAAGAGUAUAAGGACCGAAAUUGGGAAGUCAUUGAAACGACUCGCGCCAAAAUAGAGCAGUUCAAGAGGACCAUGCCGCUCAUCUCUGAUCUGCGGAACCCAGCCCUCAGAGAACGGCACUGGGACCAGGUCAAAGAGGAAAUCCAGAGGGAGUUUGAUCAGGAGUCAGAAAGCUUCACCUUGGAGCAGAUUGUGAAACUAGGGAUGGAUCAGCAUGUGGAGAAAAUCGCGGAGAUCUCAGCCUCUGCAACCAAGGAGCUGGCCAUAGAAGUGGGAUUACAAAACAUUGCCAAAACCUGGGAUUCGACUCAGCUAGACAUAGUACCCUACAAGGACAAGGGCCAUCACCGGCUCAGGGGAACAGAAGAAGUAUUCCAGGCACUGGAAGAUAAUCAGGUGGCUCUGUCGACUAUGAAGGCAUCCCGAUUCGUGAAGGCCUUUGAGAAGGAUGUGGACCACUGGGAGCGCUGCCUCUCUCUCAUUCUGGAAGUUAUUGAGAUGGUCCUCACCGUGCAGAGGCAGUGGAUGUAUCUAGAGAAUAUCUUCCUUGGAGAGGACAUCCGCAAGCAGCUGCCCAAUGAGUCAGCCCUAUUUGACCAGGUCAACAACAACUGGAAAGGCAUCAUGGACCGCAUGAACAAAGACAAUAACGCUCUGCGGAGCACCCACUACCCAGGCCUCCUGGAGACACUGAUAGAAAUGAACACAAUCCUGGAGGACAUCCAGAAGUCUCUGGACAUGUACUUAGAGACCAAGCGCCAUAUGUUUCCCCGCUUCUACUUCUUGUCCAAUGAUGACCUGCUGGAGAUUCUGGGCCAGUCCCGUAACCCAGAGGCUGUGCAGCCACACCUCAAAAAGUGCUUUGACAACAUCAAACUUCUGAAAAUCCAAAAGGUCGGGGGCUCCAGCAGCAAAUGGGAAGCAGUAGGAAUGUUCUCAGGUGACGGUGAAUACAUUGAUUUCCUCCACCCAGUACUUCUAGAAGGAGCUGUGGAGUCGUGGCUUGGUGAUGUGGAGCGGGCCAUGAGGAUGACGCUUCGGGAUUUGCUUCGAAACUGCCGCAUGGCCCUCAAGAAGUUCCUCAACAAGAGGGACAAGUGGGUGAAAGACUGGGCUGGCCAGAUGGUGAUCACGGCGAGUCAGAUCCAGUGGACAGCUGAUGUCACCAAGUGCCUGAUGACAGCCAAAGAGCGGUCAGACAAGAAAAUCCUCAAGGUCAUGAAGAAGAAGCAGGUGUCAAUACUAAAUAAGUAUUCAGAGGCCAUCAGGGGGAACUUGACCAAGAUCAUGAGACUUAAAAUCGUGGCUCUGGUGACAAUAGAAAUUCAUGCCCGUGAUGUGCUGGAAAAGCUCUAUAAGGGUGGCCUUAUGGAUGUCAAUGCUUUUGACUGGCUCAGCCAGCUGCGCUUCUACUGGGAGAAGGAUGUGGAUGACUGUAUAAUCCGCCAGACCAACACACAAUUCCAGUAUGGCUAUGAGUACUUGGGGAACUCUGGUCGGCUGGUCAUCACUCCCCUGACCGACAGAUGUUACAUGACAUUAACCACAGCACUGCACCUUCAUCGUGGGGGCUCCCCCAAAGGCCCAGCAGGUACUGGAAAGACAGAAACUGUCAAGGACCUGGGCAAGGCGCUGGGUACAUAUGUCAUCGUGGUCAACUGCUCUGAGGGCUUGGACUACAAGUCCAUGGGAAGAAUGUACUCUGGACUGGCGCAGACUGGAGCCUGGGGCUGCUUUGAUGAGUUUAACCGCAUCAACAUUGAGGUGUUGUCCGUGGUGGCCCAGCAGAUCCUGUCCAUCCUGUCUGCCUUGACCGCCAACCUCACGCGUUUCUAUUUUGAGGGCUUUGAAAUAAAUCUGGUGUGGUCUUGUGGGAUCUUCAUCACCAUGAAUCCUGGCUAUGCUGGUCGCACAGAGCUUCCAGAGAACCUAAAGUCCAUGUUCCGCCCAAUCGCCAUGGUAGUGCCCGAUUCUACGCUUAUUGCGGAAAUCAUCCUCUUUGGGGAGGGCUUUGGCAACUGCAAGAUCCUGGCCAAGAAGGUGUAUACUCUGUACUCACUGGCUGUGCAGCAGCUCUCCAGACAGGACCAUUACGACUUUGGCCUGCGCGCCCUCACUUCCCUUCUGCGAUAUGCCGGCAAGAAGCGCCGCCUCCAGCCAGAUCUGACUGAUGAAGAGGUUCUGCUGCUCUCCAUGAGAGAUAUGAACAUUGCCAAGCUGACGUCAGUGGAUGUUCCAUUGUUCAACGCUAUUGUGCAGGACCUUUUCCCCAACAUUGAGCUCCCAGUCAUUGACUACGGCAAGCUACGGGACACCAUCGAGCAGGAGAUCCGAGAGAUGGGCCUGCAGAUCACACCUUUUACCCUCACCAAGGUUCUCCAGUUGUAUGAAACCAAGAACUCUCGCCACUCCACCAUGAUUGUGGGUGGCACCGGCAGCAGCAAGACCACCUCCUGGAGAAUUCUACAGGCCUCACUGACCUCCCUGUGCCGUGCUGGAGAACCCAACUUCAACAUUGUUAAAGAGUUCCCUUUGAACCCAAAGGCAUUGUCCUUAGGGGAACUGUAUGGAGAGUAUGACCUCAACACCAAUGAGUGGACUGAUGGCAUCUUGUCUAGUGUCAUGCGGGCUGCAUGUGCAGAUGAGAAGCCAGAUGAGAAAUGGAUCCUUUUUGACGGCCCUGUGGACACUCUGUGGAUCGAGAGCAUGAACUCGGUCAUGGAUGACAACAAGGUGCUGACCCUCAUCAAUGGAGAGCGCAUCGCAAUGCCUGAGCAGGUGUCUCUCUUGUUUGAAGUGGAGAACUUGGCUGUGGCCUCUCCAGCCACUGUGUCCCGCUGUGGGAUGGUCUACACUGACUAUGUGGACCUGGGCUGGACGCCUUAUGUUCAGUCAUGGCUGGAAAAGAGGCCAAAGGCAGAAAUAGAGCCGCUUCAACGCAUGUUCGAGAAGUUCAUCAACAAGAUACUUACCUUCAAGAAGGAUAACUGCAACGAGCUGGUGCCCGUCACCGAGUACAGCGGCAUCAUCUCGCUCUGCAAGCUCUACACGGUCCUGGCCACACCAGAGAACGGGGUGAACCCAGCUGAUACUGAGAACCACGCCUUUAUGGUGGAGAUGACGUUUGUGUUCAGCAUGAUCUGGUCUGUGUGUGCCUCUGUGGAUGAGGAUGGACGCAAGAAGAUUGACAGCUACCUUCGCGAAAUCGAGGGCUCCUUUCCCAAUAAGGACACAGUGUAUGAAUACUAUGUGAACCCCAAGAUGCGGACUUGGUCGUCAUUUGAGGAGCAGCUCCCCAAGAGCUGGCGUUAUCCUCCCAACGCCCCUUUCUAUAAGAUCAUGGUACCUACUGUUGAUACCGUCCGAUAUAACUACCUCGUGAGCACCUUGGUGGCCAACCAGAAUCCUGUCUUACUGGUGGGUCCUGUGGGAACUGGAAAGACCUCCAUAGCCCAGAGUGUUCUCCAGUCCUUGCCUUCCAGCCAGUGGUCAGUGCUUGUUGUCAACAUGUCUGCACAGACCACAUCGAACAACGUGCAGAGCAUCAUUGAGAGCAGAGUGGAGAAGCGAACCAAGGGUGUGUAUGUGCCAUUUGGGGGCAAAAGCAUGAUCACCUUUAUGGAUGACCUAAACAUGCCUGCUAAGGAUAUGUUUGGGUCCCAGCCACCCCUGGAGCUGAUACGCCUCUGGAUUGACUAUGGCUUCUGGUAUGAUCGUGUGAAGCAGACCAUCAAGCACAUUCGAGACAUGUUCCUGAUGGCUGCCAUGGGGCCUCCAGGGGGUGGACGGACUGUUAUCUCCCCGAGGCUGCAGAGUCGCUUCAACAUCAUCAACAUGACCUUCCCCACUGAGUCCCAGAUCAUCCGCAUAUUUGGCACCAUGAUCAACCAGAAGCUUCAGGACUUUGAAGAAGAGGUAAAGCCCAUUGGGAACGUGGUGACAGAGGCUACCCUAGACGUUUACAAUACGGUGGUCCAGCGCUUCCUGCCCACACCAGCCAAGAUUCAUUACCUCUUCAACCUCCGAGACAUCUCCAAGGUCUUCCAGGGCAUGCUUAGAGCCAACAAGGAUUUCCAUGACACCAAAGCCAGCAUCACCAGACUCUGGAUCCAUGAAUGUUUCAGAGUCUUCUCCGACAGACUGGUUGAUACAACAGACAUGGAAGCUUUCAUAGGCAUCUUAAGUGACAAACUUGGUACCUUCUUUGACCUCACAUUUCAUCAUCUCUGUCCCAACAAACGCCCUCCCAUCUUUGGGGACUUCCUGAAGGAGCCCAAGGUCUAUGAAGACUUGGUAGAUCUGUCAGUAUUGAAGACAGCCAUGGAGACAGCACUGAAUGAGUAUAAUCUGUCUCCUUCUGUCGUGCAAAUGCAGCUGGUGCUCUUCCGAGAGGCCAUUGAACACAUCACUCGGAUCGUGCGUGUGAUCGGACAGCCCCGAGGCAACAUGCUGCUGGUGGGGAUUGGAGGCAGUGGAAGGCAGAGUCUGGCCCGCUUAGCCUCUAGCAUCUGCGAGUACAACACAUUCCAGAUCGAGGUCACCAAGCACUACCGCAAACAGGAGUUCCGAGACGAUAUCAAGCGCCUGUAUCGCCAGGCAGGGGUAGAACUCCAGGCCACGUCUUUCCUUUUUGUGGACACCCAAAUAGCCGACGAAUCCUUCCUAGAGGACAUCAACAACAUCCUCAGCUCAGGCGAAGUCCCCAACCUCUACAAGGCUGACGAGUUUGAAGAGAUCCAGAACCAAAUCAUAGACCAGGCCCGGGCAGAACAGAUAUCAGAGUCCUCGGACAGCCUCUUUGCAUACCUCAUCGAGCGCGUGCGGAACAACCUGCACAUUGUGCUCUGCCUAAGUCCCGUGGGGGACCCCUUCAGGAAUUGGAUCCGCCAGUACCCAGCCUUAGUAAACUGUACAACCAUCAACUGGUUCUCAGAGUGGCCCCGAGAGGCCUUGCUAGAGGUGGCUGAGAAGUACCUUGUCGGAGUGGACUUGGGGACACAGGAGAAUAUCCACAGGAAAGUGGCCCAGAUCUUUGUCACCAUGCACUGGUCGGUGGCCCAGUAUUCCCAGAAGAUGCUACUGGAGCUGCGGAGACACAACUACGUCACACCCACAAACUACCUGGAGCUCGUGUCUGGAUACAAAAAGCUUCUGGGAGAAAAGCGGCAGGAACUGCUGGAUCAAGCCAACAAGCUUCGAACUGGAUUGUUCAAGAUUGACGAGACUCGGGAGAAAGUCGAAGUGAUGUCGCUGGAGCUGGAGGACGCCAAGAAGAAGGUGGCUGAGUUCCAGAAGCAGUGUGAAGAGUACCUGGUCAUCAUCGUGCAGCAGAAGCGGGAAGCUGACGAGCAGCAGAAGGCUGUCACUGCCAAUAGUGAGAAGAUCGCUAUUGAGGAGGUCAAGUGUCAGGCACUGGCCGACAAUGCCCAGAAGGAUCUAGAGGAGGCAUUGCCCGCCCUUGAAGAAGCCAUGCGGGCCCUAGAGUCUCUGAACAAAAAGGAUAUAGGUGAGAUCAAAUCCUACGGACGACCCCCUGCCCAGGUGGAAAUUGUAAUGCAGGCCGUCAUGAUUCUUCGAGGCAAUGAGCCCACGUGGGCGGAAGCAAAGCGGCAGUUAGGGGAGCAGAACUUCAUCAAGUCACUGAUCUACUUUGAUAAAGACAACAUCUCAGAUAAGGUGCUGAAAAAGAUUGGGGCCUACUGUGCCCAGCCCGACUUCCAGCCUGAUAUCAUUGGCAGAGUCUCCCUGGCAGCUAAGUCCCUCUGCAUGUGGGUGCGGGCCAUGGAGUUGUAUGGGCGUCUGUAUCGAGUUGUGGAGCCCAAGCGGAUCCGAAUGAAUGCUGCCAUCGCUCAGCUUCAGGAGAAGCAAGCAGCCCUAGCUGAGGCCCAGGAAAAGCUGCGGGAGGUAGCAGAGAAACUGGAGAUGCUGAAGAAACAGUACGAUGAGAAGCUGGCACAGAAGGAGGAGCUUCGCAAGAAAUCGGAAGAGAUGGAGCUGAAGCUGGAACGGGCAGGAAUGUUGGUGUCUGGGCUAGCUGGGGAAAAGGCCCGAUGGGAAGAGACCGUGCAGGGCCUGGAGGAGGAUCUGGGUUACCUCGUGGGUGACUGUCUGAUUGCAGCUGCGUUCUUGUCCUACAUGGGACCCUUUCUGACCAACUACCGGGAUGAGAUUGUCAACCAAAUCUGGAUCAAGAAGAUCUGGGAGCUUCAGGUUCCCUGUUCACCUCGCUUUGCCAUUGACAACUUCCUGACCAAUCCCACCAAAGUCCGGGACUGGAACAUCCAGGGGUUGCCCUCAGAUUCCUUCUCCACUGAAAAUGGCAUCAUCGUCACCAGGGGCAACAGGUGGGCCCUCAUGAUCGAUCCUCAGGCACAAGCCCUCAAGUGGAUUAAGAACAUGGAAGGAAACCAGGGCCUUAAGAUCAUCGACCUGCAGAUGCACGAUUACCUUCGAGUUCUAGAACAUGCUAUCCAGUUUGGAUUUCCAGUGCUACUCCAGAAUGUGCAAGAGUAUCUGGACCCUUCGCUCAACCCAGUGCUCAACAAAUCUGUAGCUCGAAUUGGUGGUCGGAUGCUGAUGCGCAUUGCUGACAAGGAGGUGGAAUACAAUCCCAAUUUCCGUUUCUACCUCACCACCAAGCUCUCCAACCCCCACUACAGUCCAGAGACCUCGGCUAAGACCACCAUUGUCAACUUCGCUGUAAAGGAACAGGGUCUGGAAGCUCAACUGCUGGGCAUUGUGGUUCGGAAGGAACGACCAGAGCUGGAGGAACAGAAAGAUUCGCUGGUCAUCAACAUUGCUGCGGGGAAGAGAAAGCUCAAAGAGCUAGAGGAUGAGAUCCUUCGUUUGUUGAACGAAGCCACAGGCUCUCUGCUAGAUGACGUGCAGCUUGUGAAUACCCUUCAGACAUCCAAGAUAACAGCUACGGAGGUGACUGAGCAACUGGAGACAAGCGAGACCACAGAGAUCAACAUUGACUUGGCCCGAGAGGCUUACCGUCCAUGUGCCCAGAGGGCCUCAGUGCUGUUCUUUGUGCUCAAUGACAUGGGCCGCAUUGACCCCAUGUACCAGUUCUCCCUGGACGCCUACAUCAGCCUCUUUAUCCUCAGCAUUGACAAGAGCCAUCGCAGCAAUAAACUGGAGGACCGCAUCGAAUACCUGAAUGACUACCAUACUUACGCUGUCUACAGAUAUACCUGCCGAACCCUUUUUGAGCGCCACAAGCUUCUGUUCAGUUUUCACAUGUGUGCCAAAAUCCUGGAGACGUCUGGGAAGCUCAACAUGGACGAGUACAACUUCUUUCUGCGUGGGGGUGUGGUUCUGGAUCGGGAGGGCCAAAUGGACAACCCAUGUACUAGCUGGCUGGCAGAUGCCUACUGGGAUAACAUCACCGAGCUGGACAAACUGACCAACUUCCAUGGGCUCAUGAACUCCUUCGAGCAGUACCCUCGGGACUGGCACCUGUGGUAUACCAACUCUAACCCGGAGAAGGCCAUGCUGCCAGGCGAGUGGGAAAACGCGUGCAACGAGAUGCAGCGGAUGCUGAUCGUCCGCUCCCUGCGCCAGGACCGAGUGGCAUUCUGUGUUACUUCCUUCAUCGUGUCCAACCUUGGCUCUCGAUUUAUUGAACCGCCUGUGCUGAACAUGAAAUUGGUGAUGGAGGACUCUACCCCACGGUCCCCACUAGUAUUCAUCCUGUCCCCCGGGGUGGACCCCACCAGCGCUCUGCUCCAGCUGGCAGAACACACAGGCAUGGCCCACCGCUUCCACGCCCUGUCCCUGGGCCAGGGCCAGGCCCCCAUUGCUGCCCGGCUCCUUCGAGAGGGUGUGAAUCAAGGACACUGGGUGUUCCUGGCAAACUGCCACCUGUCACUGUCUUGGAUGCCUAACCUGGACAAGUUGGUGGAGCAACUGCAGGUGGAGGACCCUCACCCUUCCUUCCGUCUGUGGCUCAGCUCUAGCCCUCACCCAGACUUCCCAAUCUCCAUCCUGCAGGCCAGCAUCAAGAUGACCACAGAGCCACCAAAGGGUCUGAAGGCCAACAUGACGCGUCUGUACCAACUGAUGACGGAGGCACAGUUCACGCACUGCUCCAAGCCCACCAAGUAUAAGAAGCUCCUGUUUGCCCUCUGCUUCUUCCACUCCAUAUUACUCGAGCGCAAAAAGUUUUUACAGCUUGGCUGGAACAUUAUCUAUGGCUUCAACGACUCUGACUUUGAGGUGUCAGAGAACCUGCUGAGUCUCUAUCUGGAUGAAUAUGAGGAGACGCCGUGGGAUGCACUCAAAUACCUCAUUGCGGGUGUCAACUACGGGGGACAUGUCACAGAUGACUGGGAUCGGCGCCUGCUCACCACCUAUAUCAAUGAUUAUUUCUGUGACCUGAGCCUAACGACUCCCUCCUACCGGUUGUCUGUGCUGGACACUUACUACAUCCCGAAGGACGGGAGCUUGGCAUCUUACAAAGAAUACAUCAGCUUGCUGCCUAGUAUGGACCCCCCUGAGGCCUUUGGCCAACACCCCAAUGCUGACGUGGCCUCCCAGAUCACUGAGGCCCGGACCCUCUUUGAGACCCUGCUUUCCCUGCAACCCCAAAUUACACCCACCAGGAUUGGUGGCCAGAGCAGAGAAGAGAAGGUCCUAGAGUUGGCUGCGGAUGUAAAGCAGAAGAUCCCUGAGAUGAUUGACUAUGAGGGGACCCGGAAGCUGCUGGCUCUCGACCCCUCCCCACUCAACGUGGUCCUCCUACAGGAGAUCCAGAGAUAUAACAAGCUCAUGAAGACCAUCUUGUUCUCACUGACAGACUUAGAGAAGGGUAUCCAGGGCCUCAUUGUCAUGUCAACAAGCCUGGAAGAGAUUUUCAACUGCAUAUUUGAUGCUCAUGUCCCUCCGCUGUGGGGAAAGGUAUAUCCCUCACAGAAGCCUUUGGCGUCAUGGACCCGGGACCUGGCUGUGCGUGUGGAACAGUUUGAAACAUGGGCCAAUCGAGCCCACCCUCCUGUGCUCUUCUGGCUGUCCGGCUUUACUUUCCCUACUGGUUUCCUUACUGCUGUGCUGCAAUCUGCUGCUCGACAAAACAAUAUUUCAGUGGACAGCCUUUCUUGGGAGUUUAUAGUUUCCACCGUGGACGACAGCAACCUGGUGUACCCACCCAAGGACGGCGUCUGGGUUCGGGGCCUGUACCUGGAGGGUGCUGGCUGGGACCGGAAGAACUCUUGUUUAGUGGAGGCAGAGCCCAUGCAGUUGGUCUGCCUCAUGCCCACCAUCCACUUCCGUCCAGCAGAGAGCCGAAAGAAAAGUGCCAAGGGCAUGUAUUCCUGUCCGUGCUAUUAUUACCCCAACCGGGCAGGCAGCGCAGACCGAGCCUCCUUUGUCAUAGGCAUCGAUCUCCGAUCUGGAGCCAUGACAUCUGACCACUGGAUUAAGAGGGGCACUGCUCUGCUGAUGAGCCUGGACAACUGAUGGACCAUUCUGUCCUGUUCCAGAGGGUCGGAAGACCCAGGACCUUGAACUAAAGCUGGAUCUCAGGCUUUGAUCUUAGCUGAAUCCAGCAUAUAACGACUCCCUGGCGGUACCUAGUAGCGCUAGCGGUAUAGGUGGAAGACUUAUUUUGGAGCUCAGCGCAGUAAAAUACGUGCAAAACCAA